UUCGCCCCUGACCGGCGCCCAGCAAGCGAAUUGGCUCUGGCGGACGAAAGCGACCUCGGGCGUCGCCAUCUGCGCACGAACCGCCUUCACCGCGGGGGUGUGCUCUGAGACUGCACACUUGCACACUUGCUCCCAGAGACUGCUCUCAGUGCACACUUGUUCUCUGAGACUGUGAUAUUGUGCACUGCGGGGCAACGUCCGCAGAAGACGACACGGCGGCGCGCAAGUCUCGGUGGAGCGGCAGAUCGGCAGAACCAGUGACGUCAUCAUGCUGGCGGCGGUAGCCGUGCUUGUAGUUUUGGUGGCGGCGCUGAUUGCGUACAGCAGAAACGACAAAGACCGUAUGCCCGGUCCCCGGGGCCUGCCACUGGUUGGCCAGACCUUCUCGAUGGAUUUUAUACGGAAGGAGGAGACCUUCAUGAAGUGGCGCAAGCAGUACGGCCCCAUCUACCGGUGCUCGAUGCUGGGACAGACGGCCGUGGUGCUCUCCGACCCGGACCUCAUCAGGGAAGCCUUCAGCAGACCUGACACCGCCAACCGGGUCAUGUUUGACGUGCUUAAGAUUUUCUACUGCGAUAAAGGCAUUAUAUUCUCCAACGGCGAGGUCUGGAAGCAGACGCGUCGCUUCACGCUCUUCCACUUGCGAAACUUCGGCAUGGGCAGGACACAGCUGGAGGGACUCAUUCAGGACCAGGUCAGCGCCUUCGUCGACGAAUUGGUGGCACCACGCGUGGGCGAGGCGAUAUCCAUCGACCACGGCCUGAGGAUUUCUGUCGCUAACAUCAUCUGGGGUAUGGUCUCCAGCGAGAGGUUUACAAUCCACGACACAAGGGUGCUGGAGGUGAUGCAAAGCUUCGACGAGGUGGGCAAAUCGACCAUGGUGUUCAUCAUGUUGUUUCUCUUCCCGGUGCUGAUGAGGUUCCCCGCCCGUCUCACGGGUCUGGACAAGGUGAAUCGGCUCUUUAACAUACAGAUGGACAAGCUCUUCCAGCCGGCCAUCGACGAGCACGCGAGGACCGUGGACUUGGACGGCGAGCCCCGCGACUACAUCGACUGUCUGCUGCAGGAGCAGCAUCGCAGCCCGGACCUCUUCACCAACGGCCACAUGCUGCGCUCCAUCCUCGACCUCUUCGUGGCUGGCUACGACUCGACCAGCACCACGCUGCGCUGGGCCUUCUGCUUCCUCUGCUCGUACCCGGAGGUGCAGCGGCGGCUGCAGACCGAGGUGAGGGCGGUGGCUGGCGAGGACCGGCCGCCGCGGCUCGCUGACCGUCCUCGCAUGCCCUACACCGACGCGUUCCUCAUGGAGACGCAGCGCGUGGCCAGCCUUGCACCCUGCGGCAUUGAGCACGUGGCGGCCGAGGAGUUCCAGCUGGGCGGCUUCACGAUUCCGCGAGGGGCUCAGAUCGUCGCGCUCCAGCAGGCCGUUCACGAGGACGAGGCGCUCUUCCCAGAACCCGGCCGGUUCCGACCGGAACGAUUCCUCGACGCCGCAGGGAAGCUGAAGCCGAGCCGCGCGCUCAUGCCGUUCUCCGUGGGCAAGCGGUCGUGCGUCGGCGAGGCGAUGGCGCGCGCCGAGCUCUUCCUCUUCGUGACGGCCGUGGUGCAGCGGUACACGCUCCGCUUCCCCGACGGCUUCCGCCACGACUUCGGCGUCACCCGGAGCAAGCCGCUCCUCAGGGAGCCGACGCCCUUCCUGCUGGUGGCGGAGAAGGAGUGAUCACCUUUGAGAGAGGAUGUGACCUUUCAACUCGCGAAGAGGAGUGGAGAUGACUGGAACAAGCCGCCAGCAACGGCUUCGAGUCCUUAGGGAGCCGACGCCGUUCCUGCCGGUGGCGGAGAAGGAGUGACUAUAUUCGAGAGAGGAAGUGGCCUCUCUGUUCGCGAAGAGGCGGUGUUAGGGCAAUAGGCGGUAACGGCGACGGGUGGUCCUGGCGGAACGCAGAAGCACUUCUGGUGUCACGCGAGUCGAGUGAUUUAUCACUAAAGCCUUUAGGACAGUUCCUCUCGGCCUGCCACCAGUCGGCGUGCCUGCCAUUGGGCCAGCAGGGCGGUGUCUCCUCCGGUGAAAGUGCAUGUGAUGUGAGGCGCGGGGAAGCUUUAAAGAUGACUAGAACGAGUCGCCCAAAAAAUCUGGCUGAAAUGUAUCAUAUCAAAAUAACCCACCCAGCUGGAUGACACAGGCUGCGGUACGGGUUCCCUUCCGCCGCCACUGCCGCUAAGCCCCGCUCGGACACCGUUGUGUGCCGCGUGUGGGGGCAUUGCGAGGGUGAAAAUACACGAAAUGAGAAAAUGCGUAGCCUGGCUGCCAACUCGUUUUCUCGUCUUUUCUCGUUUUCUCUUUCUCGUCUCGUUUCUCAACUUUCAACUCGUUACAGGCAUGCCACGCGCCCCAGCGAUACAGGCAAGUACUCACCGUGCCUGUGAUCCGCAGACCGGGACGCCAGUUGACUCUGAGAUUGCGAACAGCUGAUUGUUGACGUGAAGUGGCGCAGAUAAAGCAUGAUGCGCUAGAGUAACAGCUAGAGCUGCCACUUUCGAGCAUGCAGGCCACCACGGAACCGACUGUGCGUUGCUGGUGGCGUCUGAUCGGAAUGUCGGCCCGUGUCGACUCAGUGGGACCCUGAUCAGCGCGCGGGGCGCUCUGACUGGCAUUGGAGUGCCCGCCCCCUGCGGACCGGGGCCGGGCCCAAGUACUGAAGGAGAGUAAUCCACAAAUGUAUGGGGGUUUUAAACUGAAAAAGCCAUCUUGAAGAUCAUAUGGUGCAGUUCACAGCCCUGCCCUUCUUCAGAGCUAAACCUUUCCAGUUUACUAACUACGCUUCCGCGAAGAUAUGCAAACUACUUUGGGAAUACUUUUUCUAGGUCGCCCAGGCAUCUAUAACGCCAUGACAGCAUCAUUUAUGUCCUGUCAUUCCAUUGGCUAUGCGGCGAUCAAGGCCCAAAAAAUAUAUUUGUCGAGUUGUUCAUAUCUGGCGUUCGCGAGCACGAUUUCCAGAUAUGACUGCCGUUAAUUAGCCCACAAUCAUUGUUGUGCAGGGCACGGUAACGUAGUCAAACAAUAACGUAUUAAGGAGCAUAUUUACUAACUGGAGAAAUUAUGCCGUCUAGAGCAGCCUUCUCCACUUAAAAGCACGCCAAAAGUUGAAAGUCAGCCUUUUCCAUCACAUCUGAUAUGGCCUUCAAAUGUGGAACAUUCCCUUGAAUUGAGCUUUUAACCCAUUAAUGCCGACAAUUACUCCAAGACUCUAUUGGCAAUUUUCAAUCGCCAAUUUGAUUUACUUAGCUGCAGAAACAUGUGUGUUAAUUUCGAUGGAAGUCUAAUAUGUUGAAUAUAUGAUUUCCGAAUGGCAACUAUAGUUGCGCUCGGCGUUCCCAUAGUCAGAUAAUCCGCAAUGAGCUGUUUUUCUUCUCAUUGUAUGUGAGUCGUGGUUGUUUUUCCAGCCAGACUUCAGCAAAUCAUCCCUAAGACACUGACAUUUGCUACUCAAUAUUAACAAAACGGUGCGGUGCUUUGCUUUCCGCCGUUGCAACACAAGUACUUACUAUGAAAAAAAUGUUUGCAUCCUGCGCCUCCUUCCAUCGAAAUAUUUGUAUUCUGCCAUAGAUUUACUGCUUGAAUGCCCAACGCACUGAAGAGGCCGAUCAUCACGGAACAAAAGAAAAAAAUGAAGCGUAACAAUAAUUUUACGCUUCUUUAUUAAAUAAGGGUAAAAUGUGAUUAUAUAGCAUUAUAUGAGAGAUUUAACGUUAUUUUCAGUGGAUAAAAAGGCGAUCAACGAUAGCAGAUUUGCUUAACUGCUUGCCGCCCGACUUGCGCAACGUUCAGAGUCUAGGCCGAUUCAAGCGUCAACUUAUGGAGUUUCUACUGAGUGAGGCGAGUGUCGGCACAUGAGUGGGUGCGCGUGUGAGUUCGAUUGUGUGUGUUGCCACAAUAUGAAUGCAAUAGUGUGAUUCACCGAGAUGUUCCCUUGACCGAUGUGUGACGUGCUAGGCUAUUUUUACUAGGUUUCACACUGUCUCUUUUAUGCCCGUUUUUAUCAAUGAUGACGUGCAACUUUUAAAAAGCCACUGGAUCUUGUGGAACGUUACGAAAUAUAUGAA